GUUGUAUAUAGAGACGAAAGGGUGAACGAGGGAAAAGACAGAAAAGGGGAGCCACACGAUCGUAAAAUCUCAGUAUCGCUUCGUGGGGCGCUCGUGCACGAUUCGCUGUAAUCGCUAUGAUUACCAUAGUUUUCAUGAGAAGGCAACUACAAUAAAAGUUUAAGGAGACACGUGGACCAUGCCAGGUUAAGGGGCGAAGUGGUGACCUAAAACUCAUCCUUGGUUCUGACCCUCGAUGCUUACGCUACGACUGGUGUCGACUCAUUUCUUGAAGCAGCCAUAGGCAGUGCCCUUCGCCUUAGAGAAAGGGCUCAAUGCGAUGUGCCGUGAUAGGGACAUGAACCCAAAACUAGUCAAAUUAAACGAUCUCUUUUUAACAUCAUAUUGGUUGCCAACAUCGAUUUAAAGUUGCUCGAAGGUUUCGUGCGCGUGUCGACGAAGGACUUUUCUUCGCCGGUCCCUUCUCCUUCGAAAGUUUUCAUAUUCACCCGUCCUUCUAAUUUUCAUUAUUCGCUUACCCCACACAUUGUUCCUUACCCUCUGUUUAACGAAUCUCUUCCGUGCGGAACUGAAAAUUCGUGACUUGCUGUAAACGUCAACGUCAUUAUCAACAUCGGCAUCAACAUCACUAUCAACGUCAACGCCACCGUCAACGUUCACGCCAUCGUCAACAUCGAAAAAUCAAGCUGUCACGGAGAAUAAACAUAAAAUACGUCGAACAAAAAGAUUUCAUAACGAAAUAAAGAAGGUAUAACAUAUCCAAUCGGGAAAUCGACUGCGAAGGAGAGCAAAUAACCAAAAAGUGUAACUCGAAGUAGUAUCCAGGCUGAACUCCAUUUACUUCAACCUGUGGAGGGUCGCGAGGGAGUGUAUUUGCGGCGGCGGUGGCGGCGGCUCGCGUUGUAGACAAAGUGGGAUGAGACGUCCUCAGCAAGAUCAUCACCAUCUCCACAGCAACCACCACCACCAUCAUCAUCAUCAUCAUCAUCAUCAUUACUAUCAGCAACAUCACCACCAUCAUCAUGGAUCUUCGUCAAGUCCUACACGAUCUCGACAAGUUCACGACAAGGACGAAUCCCGUUUAGCGAAAGUGAAACGCGUUCUGACAGUAUCGUUAUUAAGACGUAACGCAGGAUCUACGAGGAUCUUUGGUACACGACUAGAUUCGAUCGAGCCAUACCUCGACACCGGUGUGCCUUUUGUGGUGCACCGAUUGUGUAAUUAUAUCGAAGCUCAUGGAUUCCAAAGCGCCGCGGUGUUUCGUCUGUCCGGUGGAAGCCCAAGACUGGCAGAAAGAUUAAGGGCCGCGUUUGAAAGAAGAGGAGAUGCUGACUUAGAAACAGCAGCCUGUCCCCCGACUGCGGCAACGCUUCUUCGCCAGUAUCUAAAAGAAUUACCACAACCUGUUGUACCAUCAACCCUUGUAGCUAGGCUAUUGUCCAUUCACGCCCAGAAUUAUGCUAACGAUCAUGACUGUUGGAUUAAUUUAACGAAAGAGCUACUGUCAACUCUGCCAACCUCCCACUAUCGUUUGCUUGGUUACUUGGCUCUUUACCUAAGCAAGUACGAAGCUAAACAUGGACGUAGUGCCGGCGUUUGCGGAGUGUUCGCCCCUGUAAUUCUACCUCAUGUUCCACCAGCUACCACCCUUCUUCGUGAUAUCUUAGCCGAAGCAUCUGUGCUUUUUCCAGAUUGCAUCCGAGAUAACGUGGUGAACGGCGUGAUCUCUGCAAGUGAUUGUAAGAUUUGCAAGGAUAUAAAGGACGAACCAAAAGAUUUUGAAGGAGCGUCGUUGCUUUGCGCGCUGAAACCGCGUAAGCGUAAAGAACGUCACGAAUCCUGUUGUCAAGAACGAAAACUGAUAAGAAGUAGUAGCGAGGAGCGUGUUCUUGAAAGUCCCGCUGAAACCACGGACACGAUUAGACGUGUGAGCAGUCACGAAGAUUUUAACAGUGAAAAACAUUUGCAUAUUUUAUCUCAGCUCGGACAAGACAUGGGUCAUGGUGUGAGAUGCGGAAGUCUUCCCUUACAUGAAAGAACAAAUGUUUCACCUGUAUCCAAGAAAACUCCACCAACUUCGUCGCCGUGCGAGACAGCUUUAGAAACAGAAAAAUUUGAAUGCGAUGCCGAGAAAUUGAGAAGCAGCGAACGUUUCAGUCGAAGUAUUACUCCGAGAGGACGAAGGCAGGCUCGACGAAGGAGGGUGCAUAAAGUUACAGACGCAGAGAAUUCUAGUAAGGAAAACGAAGAGGAAACCGAUAAUAUUUAUGUAUCAUCGAAUCCUAAUAGCUGCAAUGGAUCUCCAGCACAAAGUUUUUUGGAAAUGUUGAGCAGUGGACCGAGCCGAUCGCCAUCACCGGCUCGUCCUCCGACAGUUAGUCAUGAAGAUCUAAAUAACCCCAGCCUAACUAACUGGACUUUUCAACGACAAGAAAAUGACGAAGCUGCCGAUGCACGAGUAGAAGCUAUGCUUUCUCCAAGAAAUUCUUUAUUACUACCUAGACGUUUUUAUUCGGAAAAUGAAAUGCAACCUAAUGCUCCGAAUAUCGCAGAACUUGGUUUAAAAAAUUUAACCAAGUACAUAAAUGGCUUGAAAAAAAAGAUAAAGAAAUACGAAGACGAAUUUGAAGAAAAUUUUGGUUAUCGUCCAAGUCAUUCUGAUAAGAUGAGCAACAAGGACAUCAAACGAUUGUGUACAGAAUUAAGUAAAUUGCGAAAGGAGCAUAAGUUAUUAAAGGAAGAUCCGGUGAGCGCGUUAUUAGCUAAUGCAGAUAACAAAACAAGAACAACAACUAACGGUAGUCCGACAAACAACAAUAACAGCCAAGAAAAAUCUAGAACAGUUUCAAUGGAAGAGAUGAUAAAAGAAAUAGAAAAAAAAUUAAGUGAAAAGAGAUUGAAAUAUAAUAGACCCGAGAAUAUGGAAGAACUAACUUAUGAACAGUUAAUAGACGAAAAAACUGCUGUUCAAAAAGCUUUGCUUCAUAUUGAGAAUACUUUUGGGAGGCCAGUUUCUAAAGAAGAUAGAGCUGUCGUGCGAUCUUUAUAUGAUAAAUACAGAACUUUAAAAAGAUUACUUAUUAGAGCAGGCGUGAGCAAAAAUAAAGAUAGCAUUUCAGAGUUGGCUACUAUUUUGGAACACGAAGCAAUGGAUUUUACAUCAUCUAAUUUACCUAACAAUCCAUCUGAUACAGAGAGAAGAGCUAGUGAACCUGAUAUGUCACAUAGAGGUAUUUUGGAUUGUAUAGAUUCGGUAGAUCAAUUACCAACUGACAGUGAUAGUCAGCACAGCAGUAGCGAAGGAAGUCGUAGUAACAACGAAAGUCUUCACGCACUUCCACAAGAGGAAUUAUUGGUACAACAGAAAUUAACCAGAGAAGAGAAAAAGCGUCUGCGACGUGCUUUAAAAGAAUUAGAAGCACAAUUCGAAGCUCGUGCCGGCCGUAGAAUGCAAAGAGAAGAUCGUGGCCCACAAGUCACAACCGUUUACGAAUCAUAUAAGCAGGCUAAAGCAAAGCUUCGACUGAUCGAUGCUCUAGUAGCUAAAAAUGCUUGACGCAGUAUUUAAUGAAUAUCUUGAAAUUUACAUACAUCUAACAACAAAGAAAACUUCAAACAUUAUAAAACAUCCGAAAUAUAUGCAGUGGUUAUUAUAAAGCCAAAAUUUCAUGCAACAUUCAUAAAAAAUGCUAUUGCGCAACAGGAGGCAACAAAAAACAUCUAUCCAAAAUGAAGGAUAUUAAAACGAGACACUAGUAUAUAUGUCUGAUGAUUUGAAUUUAUCCAAAAAUCAAAAUAUUUUAAGAGAAGAAUGGAGAGGCUGUCUCUGGCUGUAAUACUUUGACUUCGUAUGUAUUGAUUAUAAUUGGCUAACGAUCUAUUUUAAAUCAAAAUAUCAAACCGAUAUAAGAACAUGUACGCAAAACUCUAUUCUUAACUACUCAUAUACUGAAAUCUCAGUUACUGAAAUCAAUACAUUGAUAAAUUAAUUUACCUUUAAUUCUGAUAAAAAUGUUUAUUGCGUGUAAUAUGAUAUUUGUACGAAAUAUUUUCAACGACAAUUUCAAUUAUUGUAAUUAACUAGAUUGUUUUGAUAAGACUCUUGUUAUUUUAAUGACUCAGUGAAGUGCAUAUUAUAAAAUGAUAUCAUACGAUAAUAAAUAAUAAAAUUAGUACCAGGUUAGUAUUCUGAACUCUAAACACUAAUAGUUAGAAAGUAACAGUGGCUACCGCGUUAUAAACAAUCUGUCGAUUUGCAUUCAAUUUCCUUCAAAUACUCAACGUCAGAUUCAAUAAAGUAAGGAAAUGCUUAUUGCAUGGUUAUUGUAAACUGCCAAUUUAUACGAAUAAGUACAUCACAUAAAAAAAUAUUAAAGAAAAACAUGCCACUGACCUGCUCCAUUUUACAUAUUUCUACCAGUGUUAUUUAAAAUUUUGUCACACUUUAAUAGAAAUUUUAAAAAAUUUACUUCUUCCUAUUUUAUAUUAUUUGCAUAUACACGUAUAUUGCAUCAUAUUUUUCCAUGUUUGUGCAUUUCUUUAUGUUUGAUUAAAUGUUGAGUAUGUAAAAAAACAAAGACAUAAAGAAAUGAAUUAUUGCUUGAAAAAUUAUUAUAUGUACGUAUCUUGCUAUAAAUCAAUGGAUGCUAACAUGCAGAAGUAAACUACAAAAGAAGUAUUAAAGACGAACAGUGACAAAUUAUGAAAAUAAUUUCAUAAUUGAAACGAAUCUAACGAAUACAUUGUAUGUCGACCUCUGUUUUUUAGUAGGCAUUAUAUAUUUACGUACGUCUUUGUACUCUAUCGAUUAAUAAUAUUAUUGCCAUUUUCAAAUUACUAUUUUUAACAAAUUUAUAUCUUUUUUUAUAUUACAUGACAUAGGAUAUCAUCUUCUUUAAAAGCUAAUACAUCAAUUGAAUGAAAAUAGAAAGAACAGAUAUCUAGAUUCUAGAUUAUACAUUAUUUAAACUAAAAUUGAUAUUUAUUUCAUUAGUCGGAGAUUAUCAUCAUAUUGAAUGUUGAGAGUAAAGAACGGAUCUGUGGGGUUAUUUGUAAUGUAAGUACCUUGUAAGAAAUAUCACAUGUUAUAAUUGUAGAGUACUAUAAACUGUUACAGUCUUAUAGCUGUAUUAAACAUAUUCAUUAAAACCUCGUUAGUUUUUCCGUUUCAUAUUUGUGCAAGUAAAAUUUUAAGGCAAUUAUUCUGAAAUAUAAUGCAGGUAUGACGUAUAUAAACAGUAGCCUUAAAAUUCAACUUGAUAAAGCGUCUUAAAUGAAGGUGCUAAAGUUUCAGUUUUAAUCUUAUCAAACGAAAGAAAUGCUUUGCAAAUUUUAGCAACAUGGAAGUGCGCCGAAGGGGUUCGCGUUUUUAAUAUUAUGAUUUUGCAGCAAACAAAAACUACAGAGCUUAACUAGUACUUAUGUAUUAAGAACUAAAAAAUAAAACAAUGUAGGAAAUAUUCUAUAAAUUAAUAUAUAUUUAUACAUAUAUGUA